AUGGUCCUCGAUGCUGCAGCAAAUAUUUCAGAAUCAUCAUCAGCCAACCCAAAUAAACUGACCUCAUAUGGAAACCGUGUGUUAAAAAACAACGAGGAACUCAUGUCUACAUUAGUGAAGCCGACAGACACAAGUGCCAAUGUCAGUUUUACUCUUGCUGAUGUAGAGGGACGAGUCUUCAUGGUUGGACCACAUGUCAUUUUAGGUGAAAUCCCUCGACUUUACACAACAAAUUGCUCUAUUGACAUAGAUCUCAUUGGCAUUGCCAAGAACAACAAUGAAACAAGAUCAGCUGCUGUGAUUUUUUUGGGCUACAACGCAAUGGAAAAUCUACUCAAGGCUGACUUCUUCAAUACAACAAAUGAUACAGUUAACACCAUGAUGUCCUCUGUGAUCUCAGUGACUCUUCCCAAAACUACCAACACUGCACUCAGCAAACCAGUCAACUUCACCUUUAGACACAUCAGAGAGUUUGACCCCAGUGGUUCCCUGUACUGUGUGUACUGGAAUAUCAGCGAGUGGAUUGUAGAUGGUUGUUCUGUGUUAAACACCAACAGCAGCUUCACUGUGUGUUCCUGUGUUCAUCUGUCCACAUUCGCUCUCAUCAUGCAAACCAGCAGCCGUCCACCAGAGAGUGACUCUCUGCUGAAUCUGCUGAAUGUGGUGUGUGUGAUCGUGGGGCUGCUAUUCUUCAGUUUGGCCUUGUUGACCUUUGCUCUUUGUCCGUGUCCUGGAGUGAAUAAUGUGGCCCGAAUCAACAUCUGCAUCAGUCUGCUGUUGGCUCACCUUUUGUUUCUGCUCACACAACAGUUCCUCAGCCUCAUUCGCCGUCAGCAGGUGUUGUGCGUGCUGAUAUCAGGCCUUCUGCACUUCCUCUUUCUCUCCGGGUUUGUGUGGAUGUUUAUUGAAGCUGUGCUGCUCUUCAUCUGUGUGAAGAACCUAUCCCAGAUCCGCUCUCAAAAGAGGAAGGUGCUUCGCAACAGAUUGCUGUGUGUGUUUGGAUAUGGGGUUGCUCUAGUUGUGGUAGGCAUUUCUGCUGUAGUGGUUCCCAACAGCUAUGGCAGUGAAAAAUGCUGGAUUAAAAUGAAUAAAGGCCUCAUCUGGAGUUUUUUGGGACCUGUUACCGUCAUACUAGCUUUAAACAUAAUUCUCUUCAUCAGCAUCGGCAUCAGUUUAAACUCAGCCUUCAAAAAACUGAACGCUGACGUUUCACAGUUGAAGCAAACCAAGAUUAUAAUGUUUAAAACCCUGGCUCAGUUUGUGAUUCUCGGUUGCUCCUGGAUUCUGGGUUUCUUCACUAAUAGCAGUCAAGUGCUGGAGAUUCUCUUCCUGAUCUUGAACUCCCAGCAGGGAACCUUCAUCUUCCUGAUCUACUGCGUCCUCAAUAAAGGGAUCAGGCAAGAGUACAGGAAGCUCUUCACAUCUCUUUGCUCUGGACUCAAACCCAAAAACUUCAAUUGGUUCUCAGAAAACACAGAGGACAGUACAAUUCAGGGUGUGCAAAUGAAGUAACAUUCUAUCAUUAUUUGCAUAUUAAACUUGACAGCUAUGACUUUC